GUACCUAAACCAGGAAGUUGCUACCCUUCCAUUCAUUGUGUUCUACUUUAUGCUGGUUUCAUUACAGCACGUAUUCAUUACUUUACUUCAAAAUGCGUCGGAGAACGGAAGCUCAAGCGUCAAGCGACGAACCCCCUCAUGCAGAUAAGAAGGAUCCAGGCCAAAGACCCCAGCGCAAGGCUGAAGCUAAAGGCAGAAUGUCUUACCGUUCUGUGCUCAUAAAUAUUGGAAAGUGUUUACUCCUAGUUAUCAUCAUCCCUCCAUUCCUCAACUAUGCAUCGCUGCAGAGAGAAGGACAGAUGCUUUUGCCCAAAGAUGGCCAGAUUGUUGAUGUCAGUUUGGGUCAAAAGAUGCAUCUUUUGUGUAAAGGAAAAGGAAACCCAGUUGUUAUACUGGACGCACCAACUGGAAUGUCUUCAGACAUUUGGUUUCAUGUCCAAGAAAAUGUGGCCACACUUACAAAGGUUUGCACCUAUGACAGAAUGGGACUGGGCUUCAGCAAGCGGCUGAUGCAGAAUGAAACCACAGGAACUGAGAAAGUUUGGGGGAUUUCAACAACUGGACGGAUGGUGGAUGACUUGCACCGGCUCCUGCAGGCUGCUGGGAUUGCCAAACCCUUCAUCUUUGUGGGCUCCGAGCUCGGUGCUUUGAAUGGCAGGUUCUACAGUCACAUUCACGAUGUGCAAGUGUCAGACCUGGUGCUGAUCGAUCCCAUACCAGAGGACAUUUUUGAGGAGGACCAGUGGAAGCAGUACUGGUAUGGUAAGCUGCUGCCGUCGUUCCAAACCAGACAGUUCUCAGCAGCUACAGGGCUGAGCCGCAUCCUGCUUAUCCUGGGGGCUAUUGAACCGACUGUCGGAGGUAAAAAUGUCUCAGAGGAGGUCAUCCAGCGCCAGAAAUACCUGCUAAGUAACCCUGCCCAUCAAAGCAGUGCUGUGGAUGAGCAUUACUUUAUUAAUGAAAGUGCAGCUCAAGUUAGGGACAUCACAAAGUUUAAGCCCCUCUCCAGCAGGGUGUCAGUGAGUGUGAUCACUGGAGAUUCAUAUGACGAGCAAAUACCAGAACACCUCAACCAGAUGGUAGCUAAGCUUCAAAAGAAGUUUCUGGAGGAGUCCUACCCAUCAGCCAAUCAGAUUCACAUAAAAGGAGCAGACCGACGAAUGAUCUACAAGAAGCCAUCUGCCAUCAGCCAGCACCUGCGAAGGCUCGUCAACCAGCGACAAGCCAAGCAGCAGAGCGAGUGACCCAUGGCCAAAAUGUAACCGUACCCCAGACCUGGACAGAAUAAUAGUUGAAUAUGUUUUAAAUAUUCAAUAAAAUAUUCAAGUUAUCUUUUUACCUUUCCCUGAAGCAAUCUGUAGAGAUUGUCUACAUGUCUGCUGAGGUUCAUCAAGGAGGCCAUUUUAGAGCACAGCUCUACCUUAUUGGAAGCGUUUUAAUUGAAGAUAACUGGAGGGUAUUCAGUGAGAUGGAGAAUUUGCUGUCUUCAGAAAUUAUUAUCUUUUAAGUUGUUAUUUCAGUCUCUUUACCUGAUUGGUCAGUGCCAAAAAUUAAUACAUAACUCCAUAUCAAUGUAAAGGCCACACAUUUCACUGCUCAACCUAAUACUUUUUAUCUCAUCCGCUUCUGUCUCAAUAUUCUGCCAUGUUGUAGCCGCAGGUAAAGGUAUAUUGAGUUCCUCUGCCUCUGUCGCAUCAGUUUCGGUCAUCUGUAAUGUGCACAUAAUUGACUUAAACCACUAUCACUCUAUUUAUGGACUUGAUUGGAUUAAUCCUAUAAAUUGCAACAGAUGAAUCUGGCUGGCAGCCCAAUUUUGUAUUUUUCUAAACAGAUCUUAAUGUACUUUUGUCUAUUUUUAAUUAUAGCAAACAUGAACUGUUGAAAUAAAGACCAGACAGUAUUGGUUUAUCCUGAGGAUUUAAGUUUAAUUAUGACACCACAUCAAAAUAAAAAUUUCCAACAGAUCUGGAAUUUAAUUCCAUCCAUAUACAUGCAUAGCAACAACGUUUUAAGAAACAUUUUCUCCCAUAAUCAGGACAUUGGAAUGAUCAUUUUACAUCAGUAUCCCCACUGACCUCCCACCCAUCUUGUUCUUCAGCAAUAAACGUAAUUCUUGUACAACUUCUUUUUUUCCCGAUGGGGUUACAAAUAUUAUAUGCACAGUCCCCAUUUCAUAAUACUGCUUUCAGUAAUGUUCCCCCAUUUACAAAGUAUUGCAUUGAGAGCAAAUUGCAAAAAAAGGGAGACCAAAGUGUAUCAUCAAACAGAAAUACGAGUACUAUACAAGAAUGCUGCCAUCCUCAUGAAAACAUCCACAUCGGAGUUGAAGAAAAGAGACAGGGACAAACAGCCACAUAUGUAUGCAAAGCCAUGUGUAUAUGCCAAAAUGUGAGUUGCAGGGAUGGGCCUGGUCAUCACACCCAAAUGGUGAUAAUUAACCCUAACAAGUCAUUAGUAGCAAUCUGCAAGGGACAUUUUGGGCAUAUACAGAAACUGGUACAGCAAAUAAGAAUACACAAGUGCCUCAGUAGCUAUUUUUGUGUCUAAAAUGCAUCUCAUUUUUGUAUUGUCUAUUGUUUCAUUGAGCCUACAUUACAGUGUAAACAAUAUGUGUGCUACACAAGAAUGACUAUACAAUAACAUUACAAACAACUCUGAUAUAAAUUUCAUUUUGAAUUUAAAUUAAGAUCACUACUCCUAUUAAUACUGAUUGUAAAAUAAAUUAAUAUGAAAGUGGCA